AUGGCAGCCCGCGGAGGUUCAGUGGUGUCCUACCUGUUGGUGAUGGUGAUGCUGAGCAGUUUGGGGCGUGAAGAACACAGGGUUGCCGCUGACUCCAGAGCAGUGAACCCCUGUUGUUAUUACCCAUGUCAAAACUCAGGGGUGUGUGUGAGAUUCGGCACUGACCGUUAUCAAUGUGACUGCACGCAAACCGGAUACUAUGGAGACAACUGUACUGUUCCGGAGUUUGAGACCUGGAUUUGUCUCAUGUUGAAACCAAGUCCUUCUUUAGCUCAUUACCUCCUCACUCAUUUCCAGUGGUUUUGGGACAUUCUAAAUGAUACUUUUCUCAGAGACACGUUCAUGAGAUUAGUUCUCACUGUUAGGAGCAAUCUUAUUCCCAGUCCUCCUACGUACAAUACCCAAUAUGGAUAUCUCUGCUGGGAGUCCUACUACAACGUCUCAUACUAUACUCGUCUUCUGCCUCCUGUGCCUGGAGACUGCCCACUGCCAAUGGGAACCAAGGGCAAACUUACUCUUCCUGAUCCAAAAGUGCUGGCAGAGCGUUUCUUUAAGAGGAAGAAAUUCAGGCCAGAUCCUCGGGGAACCAAUUUGAUGUUUGCCUUCAUGGCUCAACACUUCACCCAUCAGUUUUUUAAAACCAAGCAUGAAGUCAAAGCAGGUUUCACAAAGGCAUUUGGACAUGGUGUAGAUGCAAGUCACAUUUAUGGAGACACUCUUGAACGUCAACAUCAACUCAGACUUCACAUUGAUGGGAAACUCAAAUAUCAGCUACUCGGUGGUGAGGUGUAUCCGCCCACAGUGUCCGAAACCUCUGUGUACAUGAAGUAUCCUGAGGACCUUCCCUCUGAACAAAAGUUGGCGAUUGGUCAUGAGCUGUUUGGCCUCCUCCCAGGACUCAGCUUGUACGCCACCUUGUGGCUGAGAGAACACAACCGUGUUUGUGACAUCCUGAGAGCUGAACACCCCACCUGGGACGAUGAGCAGCUUUUCCAGACCUCCAGGCUCAUUAUCAUUGGUGAAAUUAUCAAGAUCAUAAUAGAAGAGUAUGUGCAGCACCUGAGCGGUUACUUUCUUAACCUUAAGUUUGACCCGACGCUGCUGUUCAAAGAGCGUUUUCAGUACAGUAACCGCAUCGCGCUGGAGUUUGGCCAGCUGUACCACUGGCACCCGCUGAUGCCGGACAGCUUCAACAUCGGCCAUGAAGAAGUCUCUUAUUCUCAGUUUGUCUAUAACACCUCCCUCCUCACACACUUCGGGGUGGAGACACUGGUGGACUCGUUCUCUCGACAAGUGGCUGGACAGAUUGGUGGAGGCAAAAAUUGUCCAGAGGCUUUGCUCAAAGUUGCAGAAAUGACCAUCAGAGAGUCGAGACAGGCACGCAUUCAACCUUUUAAUGAAUACAGGAAGAAGUUUAACCUCAAACCGUAUACAUCCUUCUCUGAAUUCACUGAUGACUCAGACAUGGCCAAAGGCUUAGAGGAUCUUUAUGGAGAUAUAGACGCUCUGGAGUUUUUCCCUGGUGUGCUGCUGGAGAAAUCGCGACCUAAUGCCAUCUUUGGAGAGAGCAUGGUGGAGAUGGGUGCUCCUUUCUCUUUAAAAGGGUUGCUGGGAAAUCCUCUUUGCUCCCCUGGCUACUGGAAGCCCAGUACUUUUGGAGGGGAGACAGGUUUCCAAAUUGUCAAAAGUUCAACUCUGCAAAAACUUGUGUGUCAAAAUUCAAGAUGGUGUCCAUAUGUGCACUUCCGAGUCCCAAGCAAGGAGCAGCAGGCUAACUCCAAAAAAUCACUGAAUGAACUUUGA